UGUAAGAAUCCUCAAGCAGAGAGCCACCGAAUAAAGAGGCUGUAUUUUCAUUCACGGAGUCCUCAUUAUCGGAGGGUCUCUCUCCCCUGAAAUAUCUGUCUGAUCGUGAUCUCUACUCCAAGCUAAACAGCCAAAAUGGCCAAUGCAGCAUCCGGGAUGGCUGUGCAUGAUGACUGCAAGUUAAGGUUUUUGGAAUUGAAGGCAAAAAGAACUUACCGUUUUAUAGUCUUCAAGAUUGAGGAGAAGCAGAAGCAAGUUGUUGUGGAAAAGGUUGGCGAGCCAGCACAAAGCUAUGAGGACUUCACCGCAAGUCUUCCUGCUGAUGAGUGUCGCUAUGCCGUCUAUGAUUUUGAUUUCGUGACCGAGGAGAAUUGCCAGAAAAGUCGGAUUUUCUUCAUUGCGUGGUCUCCUGAUACAUCAAGGGUCAGAAGCAAGAUGAUUUAUGCCAGCUCUAAGGACAGGUUCAAGAGAGAGCUGGAUGGAAUUCAGGUAGAAUUGCAAGCUACUGAUCCAACUGAGAUGGGUCUCGAUGUUAUUAAAAGCCGUGCCACCUAAAUAUAAUUGCGCUUAGGGCUUGUCAGAGAGUUCCCCCGCAGUCUUCUCUUCAUGAGUGAAAUGUUCAUAGUUUGUGAAAAAUGGUGAACUUGGCUUAGGAUAUCAUAUUGGUUGCCAAGUGCUACCAUAUAGCGUUAUAUUUAUUUUGAACAACAUUUGUGGUUUCCGGCAUAUCUUGUGAUUUAUUAUGUGUAGAACCUAUGCAUCGAGUGUCUCACUUGUAGUCUGAUGUCUACAAGCUAUAAUAUGUAACAGUUUAUGGGGGGUAGACAACACCUGUAGUUUGUUUUCAAAAUUUAAAUGGCUUUGACCUCUGUUAUCUUUCUUUGGUUAAA